AUUCAAGAUGGCGGGAGCAAUAUACACAUGUCCUUAUGUAAUUUUGUCAUCUCGCAAAAAUUUCACUUGCCGGAAUUUCAGCCUUGGUUUGAGAGAAUUUGAAGCAGUUUGUAAACGUCAUGCAUCUAGUAUCCGUUCUUCGAGUGUUAAUUUUGUGUUAAAAAACCGCUUACCGGCUUUUCAACUCGAUCCUUGUGAAAGACGAUUUUCUUGCGCAUUUGCCGGGAGGGUUCGCCAUUCAUUAGGAGAAUGGAAUUGGAGUUUAUCUAGACAGUGCUGUAGGUGAGUAUUUUUUUUUCCACUGGAAGUUUGAUAGUCUAAUGGUGUAUUCGCCUUGGAUAGUGGUUAAGGAUGAUGUUCUGAAAAGGUGACCUUCCCGGCCCCCUAUUCCUUGCAAUCAUUGAAAGGGUAUUACAUCAUAACCCACUCAAGAAGUGUAACUUGAUCAACUGUAGGCGACCUAAAUUCGUUCCCUUAUGAAGGAAACCCACCGUAGAACUUGACGAAUUGGAAAUUUUCUAUACGACCUGCUGCAACAUUCUAAAACUCAAUGCACGAUAUACACCCUACAAUGAGGUUUUGGGGUAUAAGCGAGCUCUUGAGCUUUUGGGGUUUAUUCCUGAAACCCUCCUAAUGCUCAGAUUGAUGUAUCCUGUUUUGUACUGAAUUUAUGUUUAAAGAAAUGGGCUUUUACCCUUUUUGACCCUCACUUCAGCAUAGAUAUUCUCCUCACUUUCCUUCAAACAUUUCUAAUUCUGUAAAGACAAAUUGGAUACAAGACUGUCUUAGAGGUCAAAUGGUGGAGAAAACUGUUUUAGUGGAUCAGCAGGCAAGGGGAAUCCCCUUGAUAGCUGGUGUUUAACUAAACGGGACUCCUCACUUGACUUCUGAGAGACUACUUAUCAUUUUGUGAAAAAAUUGCCCACUAAUUUUUGGGAUUACUCUUGUCUAAAUGAUCAAACAAAGAGUAUAACUAUUGCAUGUAGCUUUAUACUGUUAACAUACUGAAGUCAAUUAGUGAACAGAGGUUGAGGUAAAUUGACUCUCCAAAGCAGAGAAUUUUGGCAAAAUAAAUUGUGAUCAUGUCCCAUUUUAAUCCCCAGGACUGAUCUUUUAACUGUUUCACCCCCAAGAUCUAAAAAUCAAUUCUCUUUACAGUUUGCCAUAUCUUUCCUUGUAAUGUUAGCUCGGAGAAUUUGCUAAUAGAUCAAACAAUAUCCUGGGCAAUGCUUAUAUUUGUCUUUCAUCUCGUCAACCUUGUGCUUGAAAAUGUAUCGAUACAUAUAUCAUAAGGAGAAUUCCAAAAGGUGCUAAAAAUGCAACUUUUUUUACAGUAUCAAUUCAUUACCCAGUAGACAGGUGAUGAGAACAGAAAAGUUAGAUAGUAUUUUAUGAUUGAAUACAAAUCUCAGACCUCACAUUUUACAUGUGAGGAAUUUAAACAAUGGUAGACAGUAAGGAGAAUUACCACACAGAUCUAAGGAGUGACAGUUAACAUACAGGACAUACCACACUUUUAAUCUGCGCAUCUGAAUAUAUUCAUAAAGACAUUUGCGCCAAAUAAGUAUUUAUUAAAUAAAUAUUGUCAUUGCCCUCAAUGUGUUGGAACAAUUUUUGUAAUGUACCUUAAGUCUUAAUAUAAUUUGGUAAUUUUGCAAAGUCUUUACUAUCCUUUAUUUUGCAGAUUUUCGACAUAUUCGUAUACUGAGAAAACACAUAUGGACCCUCAUUCUUUAACAGAAACACAUUUAUCACAACUCUGUGAAACAAUAAAAAAGGUAAACAGUGUCAACUACCCGGUAAUGUUUCCAAAGAGAAAUCAGUGACUGGUUUUUCAUGUCUUUUGAAUAUAAUUUUACUUUAACUCUUUUGUGAGUGACACACCUGUAAUAUACAUGUAAUUGCACUCAAGAAAUUGGGGAAAGGAAGCAUGGCCCGUAAAGAUGCCCCACCCCCCCUCCCUCCUUACAUAUAAAACUCACAUGUUCUAGAGAUGCAUUCAUUUUAUUAGCCAAGAAAAAGCGAAUUUCAGCAUAAUUGUAUGAAAAGCAGCUGCAGCUGGCAAAAAUUGUCAUCUUCAUGUACAAAUACUCUGCGUUUUUGCUAGUUGCAUUCUUGGUACAUGGUGGCAACAACAACUGCAGUAUUAAUUUGUAGUCUUGAGGUCCAUGCAUAGCAUGAAAAAGAAAAAUGUUGAGAAAAAGAUACAUACUCUACUAAUUGUAUUUACAAUAAUUGUAUUUGUAGAGUACAAGCUUGCACACAAAAUGAAAAAUACAAGGGACUUGCACUCAUUAACCCUUUAAUUCCCAAGAACUGAUUUUCAAUUCUCCUCUUUGGCUGCUAAACAUUUCUUUAGUUAUUAGUUAUGAGAAUUUAGUGUUAGAUCAAGAUAACAACUUCUACCCGAUAAGUUUGACUAUUCUCAUUUCCUGUUUGCUGAAUAGUUUAUGAAUAUUUUAGGGGGAAGUUGUGUCUAUCACUUCUGGGAGAUAAAGAGCUAACCUUUAAAUUCUAAGUAUGAUCAGCCUGUAACUUCUCACUGUUAUACGGCUGAAUCAUUCAGAUCACAAGAAUAAAGGAAAGAUCAAGAAAGCUUUUACUUGUUAAAAGAAUUUCUCCAUGUCAGUACCAAAGGAAAUGUAUAGAAAAGAGUAUAGAGAUUAUUAAUUCUGAUGCCAGGGUGUAAAGGAUUAAUUGAAAUUACAAGACAUAGUACAUCCAGUUGCCAAUCGACAUUUGUAAAAUUAAGUUUAUUUUAAGAGAUUUUUGAUACUACUACAACUCUUGAAACUGAAUAUUUUUUUUUCAAUUAAAACUUCAGAGUUUUAUACAUAUGUACACAAUGCAUAGCCUUGAUUCUUUAGGAAACACGGGAAAAAGGCAACAUAUACAUGUAUGUGGUUCAACAAGAAAGCAGCAGCUUUUAAAACUUUUCAUCAACCUUGUUGAUGUGCAUCUACAUGGGGCAUCCAAAAAACUUCCUGAAUAAACAUGGUCAGAAGAUACCAAUUCACCUGUAUAGAGAUGCUGCAUUCUUCUGACUAGUAUGAAAUAUAAUCUUUACUUAAUGAUUUGUUAGGAAAAUGUGUUAAUUAUUACUUUUUUCCAUCUAUUUUAUAUAGGAACUCAAUUCCUCCAUCAAACCUCUGAGAGAUGUAAGUCAGUAUUACUUUGAUGGUCAAGGAAAAUACAUCAGACCAAUGAUUGUGCUUUUGACUGCAGAGGCGUGUAACACACACACCUCCAAAAACAGGUUUGUUCCUAUUUUAAUUUACAACUCAUACAUGAGAGUGGGCAUGCAGGGCGUGAAAUUGCGCCUAAUACAGGUGCCAAUACAACUAAAUUUUUCACUCUGGCAACCAAAUCCUGAAAAUUAGUCGCCAAAUUGGCAACUAGAAUGUUUCAUCAUAACCUUACCUAGUGAUAUAGUGAAUUAAAAAGAUUUGCAAAGAUAAAUCUGCAGCAAACUUCCUCGUCAAGUUUGUUUCCAAAAUGCAGCACCUGUGUCUCAAUUGAUAGGUGAGCUUGAACGUUGUAUAUCAUCCAUUCUAGUGUCCACUUUGUAGCACGUUAAAGAUCUUUUCCCUAACACAAUUUCUUGAAAGGAUGACAGCGUAAAAAAAAGGUUUUGUUUGUCUUUGAAAAUGGCGACCAACUUUUUUUCAAUUGGCUACCACUUUAAAGAAUUUAGGAGCCAAGUGGCUAUCAGGAAAAAAAAUUAAUUUCACACCCUGGCAUGCAGCUCAAACUAGGAGCCCAAGUGUUAAUGCCACCUGACUAAGCUACAGAGAAAACAAACAACUAGUUUAAACUGAAUCACCUCUUGGGCUGAAGUCAUUUUGUGUGCCACCACAUGAAUGAUCUCUGGAUCAAAAUUCAUCAUGUCUUUCAUUCUUUUUGCAGGAAAAUCCUUCCAUCACAAACAACAGUUGUAAUGGUGUCAGAAAUGAUUCACACAGCCAGCCUGGUUCACGAUGAUGUUAUUGAUGGAGCUGAUACCAGGCGGGGAAAAACAUCUGUCAAUAAAAUGUUUGGAGAGAGGAUGUCAGUUUUAGCAGCAGACUACAUUCUUGCAUGUGCUUCUCAAGCUUUGGCUAAGCUUGGAAAUAGUGAAGUUGUAGAAUUAUUAGCCAGAGUUGUAGAUGACCUUGUAAAAGGUGAAUAUAUUGCUUUAUAAUUUGACCCCAAAAGCUCUGCAUGCACUUUUAUUGGAAAUCUGAAACCAAUUUUUCAAAAAAUUUAAAGAAAUGGAUCAGGAACUGUAUGGGGUAGCACAGGCUACUGGAUGGAAAAAUGGAACACAAAGGAGGAAAGAGUUGGGCACAAAAGGCACCUGUUUGGAUCUCUGUUAUGACAUAUGGAUCAAGGGCAGUUAAAUACCAUGUCAUCUAUGUCAUCAUCUGCUGGGAUGAAUUCACAAAAAAGUCAUGAUGUAGUGUUUAAUUCCAUUAAGAAGUCAAAUGGGUAGCUGAUGGUGAAAAAACAGUGUCACAUGUUAGAUUUCAAGUGCAAUGUUAGUUGUGUAAGAGUCAUUUUUCUCUCAUGUGUUACUUGUAGGUGAAUUUAUGCAGCUAGGAUCAAAAGAAAAUCCCGAUGAGAGGUUUAAUCAUUACUUAGAAAAGACAUACAAGAAAACUGCAAGUUUGAUAGCAUGUUGUUGCAAAGCAGUAAGUAUUGAGAAUCCCUUUUGUAUCAUUUCUAUCCUAGUUUAUUUGUCUGGUUUACUUUAUAGCUAUGAAUGUUUUUGUGUUUCAUGGUUGAUCUCCUGAGCAAAAAUCCCUUGAUUUGGUGUGUCCUAUUGUAGUAAUGACUGAAGAUAAUUUUUUGCAACUCCAGAGGAGCCUUGAAAUAUUGUAUGAGUUGACCUCCCCUUACAGAAUAAGUAUGCUCCUAAAACCAUGUCUAUGAGAGAAAUAAUAUUAUUAUCUUUGUUAAAUUGUUAAAUGUGCUUGAAAAUCAUCAGCAGAUGCCAUCAUUUUGAAUCUUACGUAGGAACCUGGCUGCUUACAUGUGAUUUAACAAAGUAUCACUCUUUUUCCAUCUCAACAGUAAAGAGGGACACCAAAAGAUAACCUUGAAUCAAAUAAUUUGUGUUCGUUCAUGCGUGUGUGCGUUAUGGCCCAAGCGGAAGCUGUUUAUCCUCUUGCAUGUACAGCCAGGGUUUUUAAUGUUCUCAAAAUUGUUUCCUUCAAAGAAACAAAUUUAGUAUGUAACUAUUUGAAGACAAUUUGUAAUGGUUAACUUACCCUUAGGAUUUUCAAGACACUGUUAGUAGUGACCUUUACACGAACUUUUUUAAAAGCGGGAAAAUGAUAACAUGCGUAUGGUUUCUGAAGCUACUGAAACGUGAAUCAAUCAUUUUAACUAUGAAUAUUUGAUUUUCAGGUGGCUGUAUUUGGAGAUUGUGACCCAGAAGUACAAGAAAUUGCCUUUCAGUAUGGCAGAAAUAUUGGAAUGGCUUUUCAGGUGCGUCAAUUUAUCAUUUUAAGUCACUAGUGUUUUCAUGAUUAUCAUUACGCCCCACCCCUGAAGGAGAAACGCGCCACUGUCACGUACGAGUUGAAUGAAGUUGUUCUCUGUCCGGUGUUGUAGGUAGUAGAUGAUAUUCUGGAUUUUAUAGCCAGUGAAGGAGAGAUGGGAAAACCAACAGCUACAGAUCUUCGGCUGGGGCUUGCAACUGCGCCUGUCUUGUUUGCGUGCGAACAGGUAAUAACACUACCUAUCUGCUGAAGACCUUAAAAAAGGUUCAUGUCAGUUUAAAAAGAAAAAAAGGAAAGAGAUGGAAUAGAGAUAGGUAUAGGUACAAAGUACAGGAUUUCAUAUUUAUUAGCGGUUACUAUUGGACACGCUCGUUCGGCCAAGAUGGGAAGUAAAGAAUGCGGUUAAUGAGUUAGGGCCAUAUUCACUACAGAGGAAAGCGUGCGUAGUCUUGUCCAAUAAAACCAAGCACUUAACACUUCGCCGCUAACAUUGCAGAAGUAUAAUUUUUUUCCGCUACUGCAAAUUUAUUUGCUCUGCCUUCAAGAAGCAUUGUUGCUGUAUUUUGUGCCGUUAUUACUGUGAAAAAGAAACGUCUGGAAAAGUUAAAUAAUAUGAAAGAAAAAAGGACCCAUAAUUUGCAGACUGUGCGAGCAUCUCGACAGCCAUGGAUUGCCAACCAAAACACUGAAGUCAGUUUAACUCACUCACUCUCAAUGCCAGAUAUAUAAUAAAUGGACUUGUUUCCUCUUGGUGUGUUUAAUUUACAGUACCCUGAUUUGAAUGCGCUCAUCAUGCGUCGGUUUAAAGGCCCUAAUGACGUGGAAGAAGCUCGGGAAGCAGUUUAUAAGGUUUGUUGCUCUGAAUUAUCAUCUUCUCAUCUCAUAAGGAAAUUCAAAAGUUUCUUUAGGCUUGCUUUCCACCUCAGGAGUCGCUCGAGGGAUGGGUGUGGGCUACUUACUUGGACAGUUGCUGAGUAUCGAGUCUACUUUUCCUGUCCGUUGUCAAAAGAUUAUGCCUGUGAGGUUGUUUGUAUCUCCAGUUUAUAAAUUUCUCUUGCGAUUCUUUCUUGCACCCUCCUGUCGGCCUUUUGUAAUUUUUGCUCCGCCUUCACUGAUGUACCCGGCCAGACGUGGUAGAUAAUGGGCAAAUUAAGAUGUAAUUUAAAGUGGCAGACUAGUCUUUGGGCAAAAUGGAACCAAUUCAUUCUUUGAGAUAUUCAGAGAGUUGAAUGAGAUGAACUAGGUUAUGACUGUGGUUACUACACCACAGUUUUAUUUGUUAUGAAUUGGAGCACCUCUAGACCCACCCAAACUUGUCCCCAAUCUUCUCUCCUUUGUCACCCAGAGGUUCUCUCAUUUGUAUAAGAAAGAGAUCCGUGACGGGAAAGAUGGGAAAAUCCCUGCUGCUUUGUCGCCGCCCACUUUGACUCGUUCCCAUCUCCUAAGUCUGAGCUCAUUUGAAGACCCUGGCGAUAUGGACCGAGCAACGGAAUCAAAUUCGGCUGUUGGGUAGGACGUGAAUACUGACAGCUUUUCGUCAGUUUUUCGUUCGUUAUUUCGGUUGUAUUGUUUUUAUUCUUGUUCACGGUGAUAACUUGUUCGCGGUAAUGACAUUUUCACGUCGAUACAUACUCGACCGUCGAAAUGGCUUAAGAAAGAAACUGAUUAUCAAUUUCCCCCUGAUUUUUAAAUUUCAGAGUGACGGUAUUGCACGCUCUUAUACACUGGCCAGUCAAUAUGCUAAAGAGGCAGUCAAACAAAUCAACAAGCUGUCUUCUUCUUCCCAGAGAGAUGCAUUGAUCACAAUCACUCAGCAGAUCCUACAAAGACGAAAGUAACUACUUGGCGACUUUCCAUUUUUUUUCCCCCCGAAAAUCUUACUCUUUUAUUUUUGUCUAUAAGUUGUAAACGAAUUGAAAAGUGACCACGAAACUUUUUAAAGGAGACUAAAGACUGACAAUAUUUGCCGUCUUUCUACAUGACUUG